AAAUAAAAUAAAAUAUUUAUUAUUUCUUCUUUCUACACCUUACACUUAAAAACACACAAUUUCACUCGACAAAGGAAAAAAUCAAAACAAACCCAACCCAAAAAACCCUAAGUGAAAAUGGCGAGUUCGGUGGAGAAGGAGGGUUCUGCUGCUGUAGCUGCAGCUGGAGCUGAGGAGCCUGUUUCUUUGGAGCUUCCAGCUCCAUCUGGUUGGACGAAAAAGUUCUUUCCAAAAAAGUCUGGAACUCCCAAGAAAAAUGAGAUUGUGUUCACCGCACCAACAGGAGAGGAGAUCCAUAACAAGAGGCAGCUGGAUAAGUAUUUGAAAGCAAACCCUGGUGGGCCAAACAUCUCAGAAUUUGAUUGGGGCACUGGCGAGACUCCAAGAAGAUCGUCAAGAAUCAGUGAGAAGGUCAAGGCAUCUCCUCCGCUAGAACCAAAAAGUGAGCCCUCUAAGAAACGUUACAAAAAGUCAUCAGCUUCAAAGAAAGAAGCUUCUGAGGAGGAAGAGGAGACAAAAGAUGUGGAAAUGCAAGAUGCCGAUGAAACUAAGGAUGAUAAAGAUUCAGAGCAGGAAAAGAAUGUUGUUAACGAAGAUCAAGAUGAUAAGGGACCUGAGGGCGCAGAUGUCAAAGAGUCCAUUCAACCUGGAGAAAAAACUGAUGUAGCAAAUGAUGAGGGGAAAUCCAACACUGCCGAUGGAGAGUUACAAGCAUCCAAAGAGAAGAUUGAUGACAAAGGAGCUGAGGGGUCUGAAGCUGUUCAGAGUAAGGAUGAAGAAGUGACUGCACAACCACAGGAGGAGCCAAAGCAAGCUGUUCAGAGUAAGGAGGAAGAAAAGAUUGAACAACCACAGGUGGAGACAAACCAAGCUGUUCAGAUUGUGGAGGAAAAGAUUGAACCACCACAGGAGGAGACAAAGCAAGCUGUUGAGAAUAAGGAUGAAGAAAAGAUUGAACAACCACAGGAGGAGACAAAGCAAGCUGUUCAGAAUAAUGAAGAAAAGAUUGAACAAUCACAUGACGAGACAAAACAAGAUGGUGGAUCUGGGGAAGCAGAGAAACCAGAAGCUGCCCUUACUGCUGAGAAACCAGCUGAAGUGCAAGGGGAAAAUAAAGAGGAAGAUAACAGAUUCACUCGCGAGGCUGAAGGAGAAAUCAAGGAGAAAGAAGCAACCAAAGUGCAUGCUGAAGAAAAUUACAAGAUUCAUGAUAUCAACAAGACAGAGUCUGAGGUGACCGUGAAUGGAAGCUGAAUUGUUGAGGCCAAAGCUCAUGAACAAGGAAUAGAAUAAUAAACUCUUGGCUUCUGUCUUCUGUCACUGUGAUGCCUUUAGAUCUGUCCGAGGAUGACUGUAGUUUUUGUUGUUAAUGUUAUUUAUCUGAUUGUUCAUUGAAAUGACUAUAGACAAUCAUAGAGUAGCUCUAUAAUGUACCAUCUACUAUCUAUGUUCUGGAGAGUAGCUUCUAGUUCCCAUGUAACAUUUGUAUUGUAUGAUACCUGUAAUCUUAUGGACCUAUAAUCAUGUGAGUACCUUGAUUCUAAAUA